AUGUUCUUUGUACGCAAGAGUGCCGUCAAGAUUUCAAGGGCUUUCAGGGGAGAAAAAUCACGCAAGGAGACUCCCUUUGACAUUGGAUCUACGAUAUACACGGAAGAUAGGUCAGGCGAACUACCAAUGUACUAUCCCAAGGAUGCGGUGGUCAAGCAUACGAUCUCAUUGAGAAUGAAAUCUCCUGAAGAGGUCCAUUAUUAUCAAGACACAUGCACAGGAAGCACAAAGACAGAACGUCACGAGGAAUCCAGAAAAACAGAGUCUACUGAAGCAACGUCGGAGGAUUUAACUACGCCCCAAGAUGAUCCAAAACUUGAAAAGGAGCAGAGUGCCGGGCAGAAUGAAUCUCAAACUCAAGCUACUGAUAGAGAGGAAGAUCAUACUGAUGCUGAGGAAUGCGACUUAAUUCACCUUGAGAAGCAUGGCAUCACGGUCACGAUUUCCAAAUAUGAAAUUUACAGCGCAAAGGACAUCACUGUGGAGGUGAUUGAAGACGUCCCACCUGAGCUGGAGCUGAAGGAAACAGAAGCCAUCAUAUCGGUUGGAUUGAAGAUGUCGCCUUCUGAUGCUGCCUUUAGCGCUCCUGUGAGAGUAACAAUGCCCCAUUGUGGUGUGUUCACUAAACCAAAGGAUGCAGAAGUCUACAUCUAUUAUCGGAAGAAUGCUUCAACAGGAUUUACAUCGAUUCAAUCUACAAACACUAGUUGUCCAAGAUGUGUUGUGCGAGAACGUGAUCUAGAUAUCUACGUCGACCAUUUCUCCGAACAUUGGAUUGUUGCUCUAAUUAAGCGGACGUUCAUUGGAAAACGUGUUAUCUGUACAACUUACAUUCCUGUGUCUACUCCAAGGAAUGGCAUACACGUGGUAUACGUCCACGUAAGGGAUGAAGACGUGGUAGAAGAGGUUUGCAUCAACAAGGCAGAGCGCUUCUCCCGCCGAAACAACGUGCGCCUCGUAGGAAAACCCGAAACCGCCGAUGAGGACUGCAUCGGCAUCGUACAGAACAUCAUUAGCGAGAAAUUCGGGAUCAAUCCACGCAUCGAACGCGCUCAUCGCGACGGUAAGCCAUCAACCGACCCAGAUCAUCCCCGACACAUAUUAUUUAAGCUCCUAUCUUUCCGCGAUAAAGUAGCCAUAAUGAAGUCGGCGCGAUCCACACUGGCCAACGAAAGCUACUUCGUAGUCGAUGACCUUACCAAGGAAGACCUUGCAGAAAAGCGAAGAUAUUCUCAGGAAGUAAAACGACUCUACCAACAGGGAACUAAGCUAAAGUUCACGGCCGGGAAAUGGCGACAUAGGGAUGGAACCACGUUUGACUUUACGCAGACGUGUCAAGCAGAAGCUGAGUUGUAA